AUGGCUUCAGUCUGGGUUCGUCCGGCCCAUGCUAUGGUUCGUGGGGCUGAGAGCGGGCGGGCGAAGGCGCGGGCAGCUCCGGAGCGGCUCCUGCCCCGCCCGGAAAGCCGGAGCCCCGGCGAUGCCAGGCGGGGGCUGCGGCCGCUCCACCUGCCCGUGCCCCUGGGGAGCCGCGAGGAGCCCCCCGCAGGCGCCGUGUCCCCGGGGCUCGGGGCCCCUGUCAUAGAACCGCGCCGUCCUUACCUCGUGGGAUCCACAGUCUGCGAGAAGAUCAUGGAGCUGCUGGGGCAGAACGAGGUGGAGCGGCGGCAGCGGAAGGUCCUCAUCCUCAGCCAGGACAGCUUCUACAAGGUGCUGACCGCCGAGCAGCAGGCCAAGGCGCUGAAGGGCCAGUACAACUUCGACCACCCGGAUGCUUUCGAUAACGACUUGAUGCAUACAACCCUGAAAAAUAUUGUCGAGGGCAAAACGGUUGAGGUACCAACCUACGACUUUGUGACCCAUUCUAGGCUGGCAGAGACGACGGUGGUCUAUCCCGCUGACGUUGUUCUCUUUGAGGGGAUCCUGGUUUUCUACAAUCAAGACAUUCGGGACAUGUUCCACCUCCGGCUCUUUGUCGACACGGACUCCGAUGUCCGGCUGUCCCGCAGAGUUCUGCGAGAUAUGAAACGUGGGAGGGACCUUGAGCAGAUCCUCAGCCAGUACACCACGUUCGUCAAGCCUGCCUUUGAGGAGUUCUGCUUACCGACAAAGAAGUAUGCGGACGUGAUCAUCCCCCGAGGAGUCGACAACAUGGUUGCUAUAAACCUUAUAGUGCAGCACAUCCAGGACAUCCUAAAUGGAGACAUCUGCAAGUGGCAGCGAGGGGCAAUGAACGGGCACGGUCGGACGUACAAGCGCCCAUUCCCCGAACAAACAGAGAGCAGCAGCGUGCUGGCGGCCGGCAAGCGCUCCCACCUGGAGUCCAGCAGCCGGCCGCACUAACCUGUCAGCGGCUGAAGGAUUUGCCUCUGGUCCAGACCAACACUGAAGACAACUUUGGGAAAGGACUUCAACAGAACGGUUGGUGAAGUGCCCUUUAAAUCGUC